AUGCGCAUGUGCUUCUUACGCCAGAAGGAGCUUGUGAGAGCAGGUCGAUCCGCCGAGAGCCAGUGGUCAGCCGACGAAGUCUUCCAAGCGAAAGGGCUUCCAUGGGACUAUGGAGGCAAAGUGCGAAGGAAGAGGGCCCUGUACACUUCUCGAGUUCCUCUUCUACCAGACCAUGCUUCAUUAGAGCAGUUGGCGCGUGCAGCGGGGAAAGCAGCCGCAGAAUCCAUUGCAGCAGGGACACCAAAGCCUCCUGCCGACGAGCUCGGGACGGAUUCCAGCAGCAGUAGCUCAAAUCCAUCUUCUCCGUCAUCAAGAAAGAGCCAAGGAAUGGAAGACAUAGCAGAGGAGAAAGCGCCAGCAGCAGAGGAGAAAGCACCAAGAGCAGAGGAGGAAGCACCAGCAGCACAAGAGGAAGCGUCAGCAGCGAUGGACAGCAGCACUAAGGUAACGAGACCGGGGCCUGAAAAGGGACCAGCAAGCAAGCGAGUCAAGCUUCUGCUGGACCGGCCCAAAGGCUCACCGACUGCUGGGAGCGUUGGUGGCUCGCUGUAUUCUCCAGGGUUUGCUGGAAUCUCCAUGGUCCACGGCGACGUCGAAAUGGAUGAGUAUUCGCAGGCAGAGACAUGGCUUGAUGAAGUGGAGCCAGUCCUGGAGUUCACAGAGAAUGCUUGUGAAGAGAUCCCUGACGAGUUGGCAGCUUUGGACCUUGAGAGCGACAGAACAGAGGUGGAGCGCCUGGUUGCCAUGGGCGCACUGAGGCCCCCCAGGGAUGGAGAGGACCUGGGGCAAUACGAGCAGUUGACUACGAAAGUAGUCAGAGACUGGCGAAAGAGGCCUGGCUGGAUUCGCAGAUCUCGCCUAGUGGCCAGGGAGUUUCGCUCGUGGACGCCGUGGUCGCAGGAGCUGUUCGCUCCAUCAAGUUCUUUGGCAGUGGUGCAUGGGCUGAUGGCUUGGGCACAAGCCAGAGGCCUCGAGCUUACCACGCUCGACAUCAAGGACGCCUAG